GCGUUUUUUGUUCGUUCGGGUAGGCGAUUCUCUGCCAUUUCCGGAUAGGUGGAACGCCUAUCCCGUUUGGGAUUCCCAACCCAGGGUGGACGCCGUUCUACGCUCCCAAGCAGAGUCCUUGCGGAUGGGAGGAACCCGUAGUCUCAAGAGUUUUGUCACUGCUUCAAGCAUGUCAUCUGCUGGAAUUGGUAUGAUAUCUCCCAUACCCGUCUGGCGUUCUAUCUCUUCUGCUACCCUGACGGCUUCUUCUGGUAAAGGCAAAGAAAAAAUGAUAGCCGACCAUGCCUCUGCGGAGCAACACCGGAAGAAGCGCAAGGGGAACGAUGGCAAUCAAUUGAUCCCGCUCGAUCAUGUGGUUGACCUGACCGGGCCGGAGGCUGAACCCAGAAGAUCAGCGCCUGCCAAAACAUCAACCCCGGCUCCUACUGACGCACCGAUCGACGAUCGGAUGUUUGUCGAAUUUUCAAACAUGGGGCCCAGAUCAGAAGGGAGGUAUCUGUUCGGGUUGAUGCCAUCUUCUAUGUGGUGUCACACUGCAAUCAAAGUUCCCCCGAGCUUCACGAAUCUGACCCACUGGUCGGAUCUUUUCGAAGCAGGUCACCAGGAAGCACUCAAGGCUGGUGUAUAUUAUCACAAGGCCCUUCUUGCAGCUGAGAAGGAAAUGAAAGCCCUGGCCAGCGAUCGGGAUGACGGCCAGGUCCUCCUUUCUGCCGCUCGGAAGUUAGCGGCCGAUCUCCAAGAGCAGGCCAAGGAGGGUGAGAAGGCGAAAGCUGCUCUGGCUGAAAUGCAGGAGAAGUCCCGUCGUCGCGACCGGGAGCUUAAAGAACUCCGGGCCAAGGUGCGAGCUGCCGAAUCUGCUGGUAUCAAAUUCGAUGAAACUGUUGGCGACCAUCUGCCCGAACCUUACACGGUCAAUACUUCCCAGAUUGCUCAUCAAUCAAUAGUGGAUUUUCAACGGGGCAAAGGGCUGAACGUCGCUCUGGAGAACACGACCCGACAAUUCCUGGGCCCUCACCUUGGCCAAUUCUUGCGUGAGAGCGAAGAUCCCAUCAAAGCAGGGAUCGACCUCCUGGACAGCACGUCGGAAGGGAAAUCUUUCUUGGAUGUCCUGACCGAGAAAACUGUGAAGCAAAGUCAGGACCUGCUUCUGGACAGGAACCUUGAACUGAUCUUAGAGCAUUUCCCAAGCCGUUCGAUCCUGAUGAAUUAGGCUUUGACGAUCUGUUCGGGAAUACAUAUGAUCGCAUUAUGGAGAAAAGGUCCAAAGCAGCGCCUGAUGAUGCAGUGCAGGCAGGGAGCUCUCAGCCUCCAUCCUCCCCGAACGGCAAUCCUCCAGUAGCAUAGCCUUGCUGUAAUUGUUUGCUUCUUUAUUCUUCUUGUAUAUUCCGGCUAGUAAUGCCGAAGAAUAAACUGGACUUCUUUCCUUAUCUGUUGUCUUUUUUCUGUUGCUUUGAUUUUUUGUUCACAAUCCUUUCUAUGUGGCUGAACCUCACUCGGUUCAUGUAUCUUUAUGUCUGACACCUUUCCCGAGCCCGUUUUGAU